AGGUAUAUACAGUACAGGCGUAAUGUGAUCAAACUUUCUUGUUCUUGUCAAAAGUCUAGCAGCCGCAUUUUGUACCAACUGUAAUAUUUUAAUGCUAGACAUAUGCUUUUGUCUUCUGUAGCAAUAACACGUAAGCAAAAUAUUAGGAAUCGCUUAUGCGGUGCAGUUUUGUAUGGAUUUGAACAAAAAGACACACAAAUGGACAAAACUAACCCAAUUUUGUUUUUCCUUGUAGUGACGUGACUAAUGGAAAUAGCAAAUGCAUAUAAUGUUAUGAGUAUGAAGAGCAGUACAUUUAUUCACUGUAUUUACCGUAUCAUCAAAACAAUCUAUUAAUGUGUCCUGAAUAUGCUGCUUUAAAAAGAGUGCGGAUCAGCAGUGUGUGUGAAGAGCGUGGAAAAAAGCAUUUCACUGUGGUGUAGUCUUUAUUUGUCAAAUAAACUUGAACCCGCCCCCCACCUCCCCCUUAAAUAUUUACAGUUUUCUAUAAUAUGUAGUAUUUAUCAAUUAAAUAUGGUAUGCUAUAACUUUGCUGGCGACAAUAUUUGGUACACCAAAGAAGGGUUGAGUAAAACAAGACGUUAUUUACAUUUUUAAUCAUAUGUAUGUAAAAAUUAUUAUUUAAAAGAUUGGUUGUAAUUGGCAGUGAAUUACAACUCAACUUUAAAAUGUUUCUCAAAUACUUUCCUCUCGUGUAUUGUAGCUUCAAAAGGGUAUUCAAAUAUUAAGAUGUGCAGGUCUACAUGAUUGUAAACAACAACCACAAUGAUACACAUAACUGAACCUGGACCACAUUGUCUUUGCACUGAUGUGAAUUAUUGGAAUAGAAAGUGUACCGAAUAUUGUGGGUAUAAGUCACAAUAAUUUUAUUAAUUGUAAUCAUCAUAGUAACCUAAAUUAAAUAUGUUCAUGGUUUCUAUUUGAAUCUGUAUACUUGCUCUGCAGUCACUGCAGAUAAGCAGUGUGUGUGUGUGUGUGUGUGUGUGUGUGUGUGUGUGUGUGUGUGUGUGUGUGUGUGUGUGUGUGUAACAGUGCUGCACAGAGUGCCUCUGAUUGGCUGAGGGUGAAAGCUGCUGAGCACCAAUAGCAGUCAGAGGCGUACAAAGAGAUCUUCUCCCUCCCCCCAUACUUAGCAACACAACCACAAUGCUCAGUGUAGAGAGGAGAGAAGGUACAUCAGUCAUGUACUGCCAGGAUUUCAUUUAUUUGCACUUAUAUUUUUGAUUAUGAACGGAUCUUGUUUUCACUCACCAUGUCGUAUGUUGGGAAUAUGGAUUUUGUCUUCUUGGCCUGUCUUCUUUUGGAUUGGAAUUAAUGCAUUUUAGAGGAUCGAGGAUGACAAAGACAAUAGGAUACAGAGACUGGAGAUGGCAGGCUCUUUUGUGGCAUCAGGUCUUUCUCUUGUGGACUACAGUGGAUGCACAGACUCGUUACAGCAUCCCAGAGGAGCUCAAACAAGGUUCUGUGGUGGGAAAUCUGGCCAAAGAUCUGUCUUUGGGACUGUCUGAGAUAUUUGAGCGCAAGCUGCGUGUCGCCUCUGAGGCUGGUAAGCAGUAUUUCAGCGUGGAUGCGGGGAAGGGCGAGCUGCUGGUCAAUGACAGAAUAGACAGAGAGGCUUUAUGCGGACAAAGUGCCAGCUGUGUGCUCCCUCUGCAGGUCGUCAUCGAGGACCCCUUGCAGCUUUUCCGUGUGGAGGUAGAAAUACAGGACAUGAAUGAUAACGCGCCCCAGUUUCCCUCGAGUGACGUCACGCUGGAGAUAGCAGAAUCUAUGUCAGUCGGGGUCCGUUUUCCAGUAGAAAGCGCCGUUGAUCCGGACGUGGGCGCUAAUUCGCUCAGGUCGUACACUCUUAGCAAAGACGAGUGUUUUAAUAUUAGACUUAAAGAGGUUGCAGGAGGCAGAAAGGUGCCCGAGCUUGUUUUAGUCAAACCUUUAGACAGAGAGAAAAAGUCUGUUCAUCAGCUUUUGCUCACAGCUCUAGAUGGAGGCAGCCCCGUGAAAUCGGGCACAUCCCAAAUUACUGUCAAAAUUCUUGACAAUAAUGACAAUGGUCCAGUCUUUGAGAAAGCAUUACAGAAAGUGUCAGUUGCUGAAAACCUAGAAAAAGGGGCAACUAUCGCACGGACAAAAGCAACAGACAUGGAUGUUGGCCCAAAUGGAGAAAUAGAAUAUUUUUUUGGUGCUCAUACACCUGAAAAUGUCCUUUCUAUAUUUUCUAUUGAUAAUACGACCGGCACUUUACUUUUAAAAGGAAUUUUAGAUUUUGAGUCCACUUCAAAUUACGAAAUAGACCUAACUGCUAAAGACAAAGGCAAUCCGAGAAUAGAGGGUCAUUGCACUGUGCAUGUCGACGUUUUAGAUGUGAAUGACAACGCUCCAGAGAUCAUUUUCACUUCUAAUUCAAAACCUGUGCGUGAGGACUCUCCUACUGGCACUGUGGUGGCAUUACUCAGUGCUAGAGAUGACGACACGGGGGAUAAUGGUAAAGUUACAUUACAUCUACCCCCACAAUAUCCUUGUGCCCUCAAACCAUCUUUUUCUAACAGUUAUGAAUUAGUAACCAGUGGUGCUUUAGACAGAGAGAGCGUGUCUGAGUACAAGAUUGAGAUAACAGCCACUGAUUCAGGAUCUCCUCCUCUCUCCAGUAAGAAAACGAUAUCUGUCAGCAUCACUGAUGUCAAUGACAACCCUCCUGUAUUCUCUCAGAGCUCUUAUAAUGUUUAUCUCAAAGAGAACGGAGUAGCAGGUUCUAUACUGUACUCGGUGUCUGCAUGUGACCUGGAUGCUGGCCAAAACGCCAAAGUGUCUUACUCCAUGGUGGACUCUAAAGUGCACGAGGUGUCCGUGUCGUCUUACGUUUACAUGAACUCAGAGAACGGCAGCAUCUACAGCAUGCACUCCUUUGACUACGAGAAAGUCAAAGUCUUCCACAUCCAGGUUCAGGCCAAGGACCAGGGCUCUCCGUCUCUCAGCAGCAACGCCACCGUCCAUGUUUUCAUCCUGGACCAGAACGACAACGCCCCCGCUGUUAUUUACCCUUCCCCCCACGCCGCCUCCCACCUGCGGGUGCCCCGCACGGCCAAGGCGGGCCAGCUGGUCACCAAGGUGACGGCCGUGGACGCGGACUCGGGCCACAACGCCUGGAUCUCGUACAAAGUGUCUGAGGCCACAGACGCCUCUUUGUUCACGGUCAGUGUGUACACAGGGGAGGUGAGGACUAAACGCGCUGUGUCCGAGCACGACGACUCCUCUCAGAGGCUGCUUGUAGAGGUCCAGGACGACGGGGAACCGGUCCAGUCGGCCACCGUCACGCUGUCCAUCCUGCUGGAGGACGGUGUGAGCCAGCCCGUGUUGGAGCUGAGACACAAGGUGUCCGAGCCCAGUAAGACAAGCGGCACAAUCACGCUCUAUUUGAUCGUGUCUCUGGCCUCGGUGUCCGUGCUGUCUCUGGUGACUUUGCUGGUCUUAGCGGUGAAAUGCUUGAGGAGCAGCGGAAGCGACGCUAGUUUCUGCAUGAGACGGACACACUGUGAUGAGGACAAGAAGCCCAACAGAAACCUGCACAUUCAGCUCAACAGUGAUGGACCUAUCAAGUACGUGGAGGUUCUGGGAGGAGACGUCAUGUCUCAGAGUCACUCCUUCAGGUCCUGCAUGUCUCCAAUGUCAGAGUACAGUGACUUCACUUUGGUGAAGCCCAGCAGCACCACUGACUUUAAGGAGGUCAUCAGCGUCCUGGACGCCUCUUUACCUGACAGCACCUGGACCUUUGAGAGCCAGCAGGUGAGCAGAAAAUACAACAAGUGUUUGGAUCAAAUUUGACUACGGUUUCUAAACCCAGAAAAAAGAUAACCAAACUCUUUCUCCAAGCAUUAAGAGACAAAUUCUUAGCUUACCUUUGGUUGGAGCUUUCAAAAUAUCAUUUAGUUACCUAUUAGUAUGCAUUUUUAUUAUAGUGCAGUCCAUGUUCAUUCAUAAAUGUAACACAUUGUGUAAAUACAAUCAACACACUUCAUGUUGUGGUUGAUUUCAGGUCCAUUCUCAGGUAGCACUUUCAGCACCAAGUUGGUGGACAGUGACUUUGACCAAUUUUCCAGUAGUCACCAUUAUACAAUGUUAAUA